UUCCCUGGCACGCAUUCAUUGUUCCCAUUCCUCUGCGAAGUAGCUCUCAUUAAGGUCAGAAAAAAGCAAUAGUAAAAUCCAGUUUUCCAUUUGUUUUGUUCAUCUAUCUUUCUCUCUUCUGCAACUUUUAAAAGACGUAUCCUGGACACACUGUGGGGGAAAGCAUAAGAAUGGCCCCUGUAGGCUCAUAUAUUCAAAUGCUCAGUCAUCAGGGAGUGGCACUACUUGAGAAGGAUUAGGAGGGCUUGUUGGAAGAAGUAUGUCACUGGGGGUGGGGUCUGAGGUUUCAAAAGCAUGAUCCAGGCCCUGUGGCUCUCUCUUCCUGUUGCUUGCAGAUCUGGAUACAGAACUCUCAGCUACUUCUCCAGCACCGUGUCUGCCUGCAUGCCAUCAUGCUCUCAGCCAUGGUGAUAAUGGAUUAAACCCCUGAAACUGUAAACCAGCUCCAAUUAAAUGUGUUCUUCUGCAUGAGUUGUCAUGGUCAUGGUGUCUCUUACAACAAUAGAACACUGAUGAAGACACUCCCAGCCCCCAUUUUUUACUAUUUUCUCCUGGUAGCGUCCAGAGACAUAAUUUCAGUCUUACUACUAUUUGUGACUAUAGACGAUCUAGAAGUGCAGGUCUCUUAAGGCAGAACUAGUCAGUUUCUUGGCUUUGCCGGACCUUUUACUGCCAGUCUUGAGGCUGCAGUAGUUCUGUUAAUGUAGGCUCUUGCUUUUGUCUGGCAGCCUCAGUUUCCCUCCUUCAUUUUCAACCCUUUGUGUGGUAUGAUUUUCUGUCUUCUCAAUUUUGUUGUCUGAUGACAUUAUCAACCAAGUUCCUUACAUUUGGGGUAUUUCCUCAGCUUUGACUUGAAUUCCUUCGUUUCUCUUAUAUAAUCUUAUAUAACCGUGCAUUCCAAGACCCUCAGUAAAUGUUCGAUAUCACACACAACAAAUAAUUAUAUUUUGUCCUGUUUCUACAACCAGCGAGGUGAAGUUUAAUUUAUAAACUUAGUAUAAUAAGAGAUUACCAACAACCACCAAUGAUAAAAUAGAAUAAUGAAAACGACAACUGUGUGGUCCAAAGAAUGAGCUGUGAUAAAUACAUUUUCAGUUUUGAUUGAGUGAGUUUAUGAAGUACAUAGCAAGUCAAAAUAAAACAAAACAAAAGACAACAGUGAGGGGGCAAAGCAUCCUCAAAUGGGAGGUCAAGACACAGCAGAGAUAGGCUGGGGAAGCCCCUUUGGGACAGUCAUUUGAAGCUUCCAAUAGAGAGAGUCCUGGGCGCAGCAGACCUUGGGUGAGGUUUCCAAAUGGAAGAACACACAGCAACAGUUAGAGAAAACAAAAUGGAUGCUUCCAACACCCAGCAGAAACCAACCCAGGAAGUUAAAGCAGCAAACUUUCUCUCCGUGGUUGGAUGUCCUGCUUCCCUUCCAUACUGGAGGCCCUUACAUGUCAUGGAUAAAAAAAUCUGUUGGAAAUAUUUGACCUAGUUGUUUUUAAGAGCACAAUAUUUUUAUUCUUGGGCUGUUUUGCCACUGAGUUGGGUGGCAAGACUAGAUCUUCUCAGAUGAGAAACCCCAAGAGGAUGUUUUGAGACAAGCAUGCUGGGGUCUAAAGGGGCCAGAGAAAACCCCCACUUCCAGAGCCAGCCUCUCAGGGAGUUCAAACAAUGCAUGCCAGUUUACAAACGUAAUGUACACUACAGCUGCUAAGACAGUGUUGGGUAAUAAAAGUUGAUGUGAGAGCAGCCUCUCUAUUGAGACACCGGAUUGUGCGGAACCCACCCUUCCUGGGUUGCCGUUGAACUCACAGAAAGUCAACCACCAGUAGCAACAGGGCGUGUGUGCACUGGCCUGGUUUUGUCCCUUAGACUGUAAACUGCUUAGCAAUACAGGAAAUGAAAGAAGAGGAUUUGACUCUCAUGAACUUCCCUGUAUCUAAAAUAUCUCUGGCUGAGACCUAAAGUAGUCAGAGAAACGCUGCUGAGGCUUGUUGGAGAAUGGAAACCGAAAGCAAGUGUUGGUUGGGUGGAGCCUCAAAAUGUCAUAAUUAUUAUGCUCCCUAUCAACAGUGCUCGGGACUCAGCUGCACAGCCAAGGCUAGCCAAGUUUCUAAGUGAAAGGAACCAGCCAUGCUUUCCACUUUCCACCUCUCAAGACCUGACUUUCAUGUCCUACCACUAAUAGUGAAAAACUUCGUGAGGCAGAAGUUUUAAACUAUCAGGACAUAACACUAAUCCCUGAAUUGAGGAUUUAGGCUGCUUGUAGAGAGAGAAUCCAGUGAGAAUUGAAAUUGGCCAGCUUCCGGUUGGCUUUGCCGCCACCCCACCUUCCCUGCUCGCUGCUGUGUUUUCCCUGUGGUGAUGAAAUCUACUCUUCUGGAACUGUGUCAUUGCACAUUCUCCAAAUAAUACGAAGGCAGUUAACAAAAGAAAGAGCAGAGGUCUUGGAUUUAGAAGACUUGCGCUUGGGCCAUCUACUCAUCUUUUGCAAGCUGUGUGGCAUCAGGCUGAUCUUGAGGCUGUAAGAUGGAGAGUGAAUAUAGGAAAAUACUGUUGUUGAACGGCCUGGACCAAAUCACGGAGGAGGAGCUGAAGCGGUUCAAGUUCCUUGUCACAGACAAGUUCGGCAUCCCGAGGAGCAAGCUGGAGGAAGCUACAAACAGGACCGAGUUAGCUGACCAGCUGAUUCAGAGUACAACAAACCCAUCAUCUGCGCUGAAAAAGACUAUUGGUCUUUUCCUGGAGUUGAAUUACAGGAAUGCUGCAAAUUCUCUUCAGGAGGCAAAGAAAACAGCUGAUAUUCGAUCCAAGAAGAAAGGAUCACAGCAAGUAGAAAAAAAAAGUCAAGCUGAAAACUGUUCUGGUGCCUCUGCUGCUAGCAGAGACAAGGCCAUCAAGAAACACUCUGCGGCAGAUGUCUGUCCUCAAGCCAAGCCUCAGAAGAAGCAGAUCGUGGCAGAACAGGAAGCCAUCAGAGAAGGUUUACAGAAAGAUCCACUGGCAGUCUUGGUGCUGAAAGCUAUAGAUCCUUUUGAGUGUGAGACUCAGGAAGGAAAGCAAGAGAUAUUCCAUGCGACAGUAGCCACGGAGACAACAUAUUUUUUUGUAAAAGUUUUAAAUGCACAGUUUAAAGAUAAGUUUAUCCCAAACGUAACAAUUAAAAUAUCGAACUAUCUUUGGCACAGUAACUUCUUGGAGGUGACCAGCUCCUCAAUUGUGGUUGAAGUGGAUUCUGACCACAAAGUCUGUGUCCCAAAUAACAUUAGAGACAAAGCUGGGAGAACUCCCAAGAUUAGUAAGCUGAAAACUCAGCCUUGUGGAACAAUUGUGAAUGGGAUGUUUAAAGUCCAGAAGAUAAUACAGCAGCGCAAGGAUAGAGUAAUAUAUGGUGUAUAUGACAACACAGGGGAGAUGGACGUGGUGGUGCUUGGAAAUCAAAGCAAAACAAAAUUCGAGGAAGGAGAUAAGCUUAGACUCUCAUUCUUUGAGGUGUCAGAAAAUAGAGAGGAAAAACAGUUGAAAUCUGGACCCUACAGCUUCUUUAAGGUUAUUAAGGCCACAAAGCCAAAAACUGAGACGAAAAGUGCAUGUUGAAGUCAACUCAUCUAAACAGCAUUUUGCUGAAGAAUUCUAGUUCUGCCUGUUGAACCAGAUUGAGCUGCAUGAAGCCAGCAGUUUACAGACUCAUCAUCCUAUCCUAUUAGUUCAAAAAGGAUAAAUACUCAACAAAUCCUCUGUCAGUUGUAUAGCAAAACAAAACACAAACAAAAAUCUAAUAAAAAAUCCCAACACCAGGCAUGAGAAACCCUCUUUGGAAUAGUUGGUCAGGGUUGUCUAAGAGACUCCCAAAACAUUACAGGCUAUUACUAUUGCCCUUGGUUGACCCCAGAGGUGAGGAUAAGUCCCUAGUGCUGGAAACACCAUGCACUUCAGUCUUCUACCCAGGGACUAUCUUUCAUGAUACCAGAAGGUGCCAUACAAGCUUCCAAAAGAGGGGCGCAACCAUGAGGAACACCCAGCUGUGAUGCCUAAGAACCAUAAACAUGACCAGCAUGGCACAAUAACCCUAAGGGCAAAUUAAUGUCAUGAAUACCUUAGUGGUAACCAACAGUUCUUUAAUUGGACUUAAGACUGAGUCAACAAGAAAGAAAUCAUUCCUGGUACCAGAAACCAAGCCAACUACCCUGGGCUAGUGAAGUCAUGAAUUUUAGAGAAGAACCUACCACCACCACUUUACUAAACCCACAUAAUUCCUAAUUAUACUCUAAAUAUUUGUCCUUAUGCACAUAGAUAAGUGUAGUCCUCAUCUCCCAUGAAGAAAAUUUCUCCUUGCAAUAGAUGGAGACCAUUCUAAAAAAAAAAAACCCACAACCGUCAAAAUGUAGAGUUGUGGAUCCCAGUCCCAGUGGAUAUAUCUACAGUAGAACUCUUGAACUUGAGAUUCAAGGAACACUGUAGAAGAGGGGACAGAAAGGUUGUUGCUGGUGGCCAAUGUCAGAGGAGUAGCAGGUGGCAAUUGAGCUUCAGGAGUUUGGCCCACCGCAAUACAAGGCACUGAUGGGUGAAUCUUGGAUAAGCAAGGCCCCAAGGGCUUUGGCUCUAGAAUGUCUCUUACUGUUGCUGUGCCUUUACGUGUUUGCUUCUGCCAUUUUUCUUUGGUAUCUGGCAUGGUGUGAAUGGGCAUGAGGGGAUCCUCACUGUCUUUAAUGUAGUGUGAUUAUCUCCUGGAAAUAUCCUGUCCUACUGGGCAUUUUUUCCCCUUGGAUUAUUAUGAACAUGAUCUCCUCUUAAGCUUUAUUGAAGUAAUGUAGUAAUUAACUGAAGUGAUGGUUUUAUACAAUAAUAGUUUAAAUAGAAUUUUGAUGAUUACGGGUUUCUAACCAAUGUAGUAAGGGUUAUAGUUACAUAGUUUAUAUAUGUAGUUACAUAGUAUAUAGUAUAUAUGUAGUUACAUAACUAUAUAGUUACAUAGUUUAUAUAGAUAGAGGUUAGUUUAGUGUGAAACCUAAUAUAGGUAGAAGUAAGACAUAGUGUUGCCCCUGUCCCUGAUAAAGCAGGGGCUGCAGAGAACAGAAAAUGGGAAGUGUCACACAACUUAGGACUCAUGAGUUUCACUUGAGGAGUCCUAUAGACUAUGGUUUCGGUUAAAGAUUAAGGAAAACAAUAGAGUCCCAGGAGUUAAGCUAGCCCAAGUUUUUUUUUUAUUAUUAUUUUAUAUAAGAGAUUUUCUAGUCAUUUUACAUAUCAGUCACGGAUUCCCCUGUCCUCCCUCCUCCCAC